AUGGUGGAGAAGUUCGCAGAGGUCGCUUCCCUGCGUGAGCUUCUCUACACCGGCUCAGGCGACGCCCCUCUCCGGCUCGUGCGGGCCCGCUGGUUGCUCGAGCACUUUCAGGCGGCAGGCAAUGAGAAGGAAAGGCUCGGGUCACGUCGGGAGCUCGAGAAGGCGUACGGCGAUGCGCCGUACGCAUGCGGCGCGAUGUUGGACCGUAUCCUCGCUGAGCUGGCCAGUUCGCAGUACGCCGGCGCGCGGCGCGAGGGAUGGGCAACGGCCCAGAAGCGGAAGCCACUCCCUGUUCCAAUCGCUUUCCCCUCAGCAGCGGCGAUAUCAUACAUGCACCUCGAUGCCUCGCACCCGGACCCAAACGGCCGAUGUCUGCGCGAGCUCUGGCUGCCGUUUGUUGAGUGGUACUACUCGGAGCGCGUGCGUCAACUUCUCCACUGCGCUGAGAUCGAGGGGCGAGAGGCGCGGGUGGAGGACGAGGCGGGGGAGCUGCUCAGCGACGACGCGGUGCGGUCGAGUGCCGACUUCGGGAUCUUUAUCGACCACGCCUCGGUAGUGGGCGCGGCGGACGACGCGGCCUUGCGAAAGCAGGGUCUAGACGGGCUGGGUGUCAUCUUCAGCCACCCAGCGAUCGCGAGUCUGCUGAGCACCCGGGCUCCAGCGGGAGCGGCGGUCGACGGUGGCUUUGAGGAUCGCGGCUGGCUUUUGGCGACGCUGAUGAAGAGGCCCGAAGUAAUUCUCGACCUCGGCCGCUUCACGAUCGACAUGGCUUGUAUUGGUCCGCCGCGCGCGCUGCGCAUCGGCGGCAAGCCCUUCGCCGAUCGGAGCGUGAGCGAGCUCGCCAAGCAGGGGUCGUACAUCGACCCCCAAGAGGCCGGCGUUCGUGGCACCUUGAGCGUCACCGGCCGGUGUGCACCUCUCUCGCCCGAGUCGUUCGACGCGCUUCUCGAGAGCAAGCGUUUCUCCAUCAGUGCCGACGUUGCAACGGUGGCACAGUUGUACCGCGAGGUGGUGAUAGCCUAUCUGGGUAGUGCCAAGAAGCUCGCCUUCGAGCAGCUCGAGUGGAGCUCGGAAGACUACAGCGAUCUCGGAAAGGCGUUGCGCCACUGCGGUGCGCUCGAGACGCUCAUUCUUGACUGCAUGGGGAUGCAGGAGGCGGAUAUGGCCGCGGCGUUCAAGGGUCUAUCGCUUCCCACCCUGACGACGCUUGAGGUGAAGGUUUGCACCUCUCUCCUCUCGCUCGCCGACCUCUCAGCCUUCACGACGCUGCGCACGCUCUACGUGGGUCGCUGCACCUCGCUCAUCGCGCUAUCGAAUCUAUCGGCACUGACUGCACUGCAAAUGAUCGAUCUCAGCGGAUGCUCUCAGCUCAAGUCUCUGCCCAGCCUCAAGGCACAGUGCCCUGCGCGAAAGGCUACGCACUCGCGCGCGGACACAGGCUGUUCCGUGUGCGUCUAG